CCUCUAACCACUCCCAGCCUCCCUCUCUCUGUCUGUGAUGCUGCAGCUCCUGUACUCUCUCCAGUCUCCAGUAAACAGCAGUCAUGGCGACAGUGGUCCAGCCGCUCACACUGGAAAGAGAUGUUGCCCGAGCUAUUGAGCUGCUGGAGAAGCUGCAGGAAUCAGGGGACGUUCCUGGACAUAAGCUGCAGUCUCUGAAAAAGGUUCUGCAGAGCGAGUUCUGCACAGCAAUCAGAGAGGUCUAUCAGUACAUGCAUGAAACGAUUACAGUGAAUGGCUGCCCAGAGUACCAGGCGAGAGCCACGGCUAAGGCCACAGUUGCAGCCUUCGCAGCCAGCGAAGGUCACUCUCACCCACGGGUGGUGGAGCUUCCCAAGACAGAGGAAGGGUUAGGCUUCAAUGUGAUGGGUGGCAAGGAGCAGAACUCACCUAUAUACAUCUCCCGCAUCAUUCCUGGAGGUGUGGCUGAAAGGCACGGCGGCCUAAAACGAGGGGAUCAGCUGCUGUCUGUCAACGGCGUGAGUGUAGAAGGAGAGCAUCACGAGAAAGCCGUGGAGCUGCUGAAGGCGGCCAAAGACAGCGUGAAGCUGGUGGUCCGCUACACCCCCAAAGUGCUCGAGGAGAUGGAGGCUCGCUUCGAGAAGCUCCGUACGGCGCGGCGGCGUCAGCAGCAGCAGCUCCUGAUGCAGCAGCAGCAGCAACAGAAUCUGGCUGCUCAGCAAAAUCACAUGUCGUAGGUUGUUCCAGAAGAAGAAGAAGUAGAAACGUUGAGCGAUGGAUCGUAAAGAUCACCUGUACGCAUCGAGGGUCCCAAAGGAAAUCUCUUUGUAGUGGAGGAAAUCAACAAUAAGACUCUCUUGACCUCCUCAGUCUCCCUUCCAGUGAACCACCGCUUACUGAGCAAAGAGAGAAUUUGGUGUGAAACUGGUGCUUU